ACCGGAAAAUAGCACAAUGAAGUUCACGGAAGUGUUAUACAAGCAACAUAUAGGUAGACAGAUUAAAAAAUUAUGGUAUGUCAAGCGAGAACGCAAAGUGUUUGACACCAAAAUAGAUAAACAUUUGUCGAAUAUAGGAAUUUCAGUGAAGGACCCCAUAGAAGUAAUCAACCCAAAACAGGAACGUCCAAGGUUAAAACUAGAAUUUUUGAAGCCAAGACAAAUAGUGUUUGAUGAAACGCAUCCCGACUGGAAAGCUAAAGCUUGCUUGGUAUUUAAGGAUAAUAAUGUUUUGCAAGAAGGUUUUUGUCAAGCACAAAUAUUGACGAACACUGUGUGUCUGCCGAACAGUUCUUCAAGUUAUAUUCAAGAUAUAUUUCCAGAUCUACCAGAACAUGUGGACAACAUAGUAAAAAAGAUAAUUUAUACUUCAAAUAUAUUUGAUGCUUAUCAAAAAAAACUACCAAAGAAGAAGGAUCCUGAAAGACCUGCUUGGGUGUUUACCAGAGAUUAUGGCAUAACUAACAACAGAAAAAUGCAGAAUUUGUCUAAAAAACUUUUACAACUUUGCGAGUCUUUGUCGGGUCCAGAGAUUGCACAGAAACGAUGUAUAUUGUAUGAUGGAAUCACAAAGUUAAACUUAGAUAAAGCAUCAGAUCUUAUUCAAUUUACCCUAAGAUCAGAUGUGAUGGUCAUGUCGGCAAAUCCUUUAAAACCAAUAGAAAAUUUUAAUAGCAAUGUGGAAAUAGAUCUUCCGAAUAUACAGCCAUUGCAUUACACCAUCGGUAUAGACAAAACAAACUUUUACAGAACUGAGGAUAUGUAUCCUAUCACAUCAACAACACCUUGGAUAAACGCCCACACUAUUUUUGUGCAUUACGACCCCAGUGAAGUGAGAAAUCUGACGAAAUUACCUGUGACACAAAGCCAGAUUUUCAGUCGCACUUUGAUGAAAACAUACACUAUAGCGGCGUCCUGUGCACGACAGAAAUUUGGUUCAUCUGUGAAGAAACUACCGGAACCCGUGACUGUACAAUGCAUUCAAUCAGAUGGGAAGAAUUAUCACUUUUUCAUAUUUCAACUCAAUUCAUUAGAUGCCAAUGAUGUCAGUAUGAAGAAUUUUUGGUGUCCUUUAUCACCAUUAACACUUUAUGAAAAAGCUGAAUAUGAUAAUGGUAGACCAGUAGUCGAAGGAUACAAUCCAGAGGUAUUCAGAAGAAUACUUGCUCUUUACAGGAAUGGAAUUUAA